GCUCUGGCUGCAGCUGCCUUUGUGGGUGUGCUCAUAGCCCAUUCAUGAGACACUCACACACACACACACACACAGAGUGCACUUUUAUGUGUGCGUGUGUGUGCUUUAUCUGGCAAAGCUGUAAAUAUUCGCGAGAUUUACAACGCCAGCAACGACUCCAGACUCCGAUUCGUACUCGGACUCGGACUCGGACUCGGCCGCGUAUCUUUUCGCCUGAAUCGGCAUCGAGUGUUUUGUUAGCUGGCAUCGCAGCAUCGCAUCGAGGCUGUCGAGGCUGUGGCAGAGGCAUUCGACAGACGCACGACAACUCGGCUCGGCCAUAACGCAUCCGCAUUAACGCAAUCGCAACAGCUAAUCCAGCACGGCACGGCACACACACACACACACACACAUACAGAUAUACAGAUAUAUAGAAGAUACGCGACAUUUAAUAUAAAUACAAAAGCAAAGCCAAACUCCGUCUCCAGCCGCAGCUCCAACGUCAACAUCAACGUCAACGCCGCCGUUUGUUGUUAGCCGCCAGCGCGGGCAGCCAACCUUCUGGGGACAUCCUGUCCUUGGGCAUCCGAUUGGCCCAUCUAACAUAAAUAUCAUUGUAGCUCGAGAUGCUGGUGCCGCCGGAUAUGAUGGCCGCCCAGACGCGCAUGAUUUACCAGCUGAAUCGCUUCUGCGCCGAGCGCGUCCAAGCGCGCAUCUUCAAGACGGCGACGGCCAUUCGUGAGAUCUGCAAGAUUGUCCAGGACAUACUCAAGGAGGUGGAGCUACAGGAGCCCCGCUUCAUUUCCAGCCUGGUCGAGUGCAAUGGCAGAUUCGAGGGCGUCGAGGUGAUCUCACCGAAUGAGUUCGAGAUCGUGCUCUACCUCAAUCAGAUGGGCGUCUUCAACUUCGUGGACGACGGCACUCUGCCCGGCUGUGCGGUGCUGAAGCUGAGCGACGGACGCAAACGCUCCAUGUCGCUGUGGGUGGAGUUCAUCACAGCGUCCGGCUAUCUGUCGUCGCGGAAGAUACGCGCACGCUUCCAGACGCUGGUGGCGCAGGCGUGCGAUAAGAGCAUCUACCGGGACAUGGUCAAGAUGAUGGGCGAUACGACAGAGGUGAAGCUGCGCAUCCGGGAACGGUUCGUGGUGCAAAUAACGCCGGCUUUCAAGUGUUCCGGCAUCUGGCCAAGAUCGGCGGCCCAUUGGCCCAUGCCGCACAUACCCUGGCCGCAUCCCAACAUCGUGGCCGAAGUGAAGACGGAGGGGUUCGAUCUGCUCUCCAAGGAGAGCAUCGUCAUGCAGAACAAGAACAACAACAAUGCGGCCAGCAUGGAGGGCGAUGCCUGGGUGCUCAGCUUCUUCGAGGCCGAGAAUCGCCUGCUGCAAGGUGGCUGCCGUCGUCGCUGCUUGAGCAUACUGAAGACGCUGCGUGACCGGCACUUGGAGCUACCCGGCAAUCCGAUCAGCGCAUAUCAUCUGAAGAAUCUACUGCUCUACGAGUGCGAGAAGCAUCCGCGUGACUUUGAGUGGGACGAGGGCUGCAUUGCGGACCGUUUGAAUGGGAUAUUCCUGCAGCUAAUCUCCUGCCUGCAGUACCGUCGCUGUCCGCACUACUUUCUGCCCAGCCUCGAUAUGUUCAAGGGCAAAUCCCCCAGCGCUUUGGAGCAGGCCGCCAAGCAGGUCUGGCGUUUGACUCGUGAGAUGCUCACCAAUGCGAAUGCCUUUGAGAAGUUGUAAGCGCAAAAGUAAGAGAGAGUGAGAGAGAGAGAGAGAGAGAACGUGUAAUUGUGUGUAUGUGUGUGAUUGUAAAUGUCUAUGUGUGUGUAUAAUUCAAGGUGCUAAAUUUUCAUUGUCACAGCGCAGCGAUUGCGCUGAUCUGAUAAGCGAAAUGCCAUCAUUGGCAGCCAUUUUGUGCCAUGCGUGUGCCCCCUUGUGUGUGUAUAUGUGUGUGUGAAAAUGUGCGCAUAGCUGCAAAAACAACAACAAUAGCAGGCAGCGAAACCCGAAGUGUUAAUGCAAAGAUGCGAGAUAAGCCGCACAUUGCCCACUCCUCAAUCCAAAUUCGCUGCCUCUGCCACUGCCGCUGCUGCUGCUGCUGCCAUUCCCGUUGCAUGCCUGACUGCGCUUAGCCGGCGAAUAUUGUUUUUAAUAACUCGCCGCUAUUCGCAUGCUUCGCCCAAUGGCCAAACACAAUGGCAGCAACAACAACUGCAGCGAAAUAACAAAGCAAGGCAAAACGUAACACAAACAGUUACACCAACAACAACAACAACAACAGCAACAGCAGCAGCAGCAGCGGCAAGAGUGAAAAGGAGAUACAACAACGAAACAUAAAAAAAGAGCAUUUGUCGGCUUCGCUUUGCAAGUGAGCUCAAGUGUGAGGCGAAUCCGUUCUCAUUAUCGAAAUUGAGUGCUCACUCUCUUAAGUACUCGAAAUACCAAUACAUACAAAACAGCUGUAUGUGAACAAAAAGCAGCAACUACAACUACGACAAACGAAUACUUCAAUUACACAUAUGUACAUAUACAUAUACAAAGUAUAGCCAUGUAUUUACUCCGGAUUUAGAUGUCAAGAUAUUUGUUGGACUUAAGAAACAGACAAAAAGUUUUUGGACAAUACACAUACUAUAUACAUAGAUAUUUGUCUUCCUCUUUGAGUUAUCCUACACAUAUACAUAUGUAGAAACUGUAAGUGAACAUUUUACUAAAUUAUAUUAAAUUCUUCUUUUUUUAAUAUAUGUAUAUUAUAUAAAGUUAAUUAUUAUACUUAGAUUGCUUAAGAAACAGUUGAAUGAAAUAAAUAUUAAAAUAGCCCAAGGCAAAUUUUA